AUGACAGACACGCUAAUAGGUAUUCGGGGCAAAGAUUUCGUAGCGGUCGCCUGCGACACAUACGAAAAAUACUCAAUCAUUACCAUCAAAAAUGACGAUGAAAGCAAAAUCAGCAAAAUCGGAAAAUCGACGGUCUUGUUGCUGGGUGGACCGCUGGGAGACCGCGUACAUUGGGGAGAACAGAUCAAGAGGACGAUGAAGUACUACAAAUACAAGAACUCGCAGGAGCUAUCGACAAGCGCCGCUGCACAUUUCAUCAGGCUCGAACUAGCCGAAUAUCUCAGAAAGAGCCCCUACCAGGUGGAUAUGCUUAUCGCAGGAGUGGAUAAGGACGGGCCAAGUCUCUACUGGAUAGAUUACUUGGCGAGCUGCACAGCCGCAGAUACUGCCGUGCAUGGUUAUGGAGGGUUCUUACUCAGAGGACUGCUCGAUAAGGAGUACAAGCCAGACAUGACGCGAGAGGAGGCAAUAGCGCUGCUCAAACGGUGCAGGCAGGAGGUCAAAAACAGGUUCCUGCUGGCGCAGUCGAACUUCUCCGCGAAGAUCAUCGACGAACAAGGUGUGCACGAUGUCAACAUAGAGGGAGACGAAGCGCCAGAAAUAUUCAGGGGCCAUGUACAAAGCGCGACCAUCCCCGUGGAUGUUACCAUGCAGUAG